UUGGCAGCACUCGUCCUCAGAAACAGGUGACGCAUUAACAAUUUUGCGUUUGUCAUAAAUAAGUUAAGACAAAGGGCGAGUUUUAAUUGUGAAUUCCGGGAUAUUGUACACUUUUAAGAAACAUGUCUUCUAGAAGAAAGGUCCUCCUCAAAGUAAUCAUCUUGGGCGAUAGCGGUGUGGGCAAAACAUCGCUAAUGAACCAGUUCGUGAACAAGAAAUUCUCUAACCAGUACAAGGCAACAAUAGGAGCAGAUUUUCUCACGAAAGAGGUAAUCGUCGAUGAUAGAAUCGUCACAAUGCAGAUUUGGGAUACUGCAGGGCAGGAGCGUUUCCAAUCAUUGGGAGUGGCGUUUUAUCGCGGGGCGGAUUGUUGCGUCUUAGUUUUUGACGUAACUGCCCCCAACACAUUUAAGUCCUUAGAGAGCUGGCGAGAUGAAUUCCUGAUACAGGCUUCACCGCGUGACCCAGAGAAUUUUCCUUUCCUCAUAUUAGGUAAUAAGGUUGACUUGGAAAAUCGCGCUGUGACUCUUAAGCGCGCACAACAAUGGUGUCAGAGCAAAAAUGAUAUCCCAUUCUAUGAGACGAGUGCCAAAGAAGCUGUGAAUGUGGAACUAGCGUUCCAGGAAAUCGCCCGCCGUGCCCUGGCCCAGGAGACGGAGACGGAGCUGUACAAUGAGUUCCCUGACCAGAUAAAGCUGAAUGCCAACGACUACAGCCGUGACCGCGAACGGGACCACUGUGCUUGCUAAACCUCGCAGCAAGCAAUUUGUGCUCUUGCUAAUUCAUUUCUCAUUUUUUAUUCAUUAAAUACCUAUUACAAAAAGUAUAUUUAAUAUUAUGGUGUAAGUAAUGUCUUUCAUUAUGUCAUUGUCUUGUAAAGAUGUGUUGCAAUGAUACUAAUGAAAUACAUGGAUUUAAUUUGUUUGUUGAGCACAUGCCACUAAAAUGGUUUAAUACAUGUAUGUAACAGUGCACUAUUUUGCAUUUCAUAUUUUGGCUCAGCUUUUACAUUCAUUGUCUGAUCUGCCUGUUCAAGGGUGUACAUAGAUUUUACUAUAAUAGCAAGGUGAAUUGUGUUCUUGAACAUUUAAUUCACUUUACUAAAUAUGUCUUUGUCUAAGGAUAAUAUUAAAGCUUGUUUUUUGUUGUAUUUGUCUAGCUUGGAAUACCGAUUACAAAGAUUAUACAAAUGGCAUUUCUGCCUUUGGAGUAAUAAAGCAAUAUUUAAGUAGGCCUCGUAGUAUAUUUAUACCAGAGUUGUUUAUAUUGCACAGGGUUUUUGCACCUCAUUUUUAGUUGCAAUGUUAGCAAUAAAAUAAAUUUUGAAAAAAAUUGCAUGUGAUGUGUUCCUUAUGAAUAACUGAACUCAGCAUACCAAACAAGUGUACUUACAUCUGCAAUAAAUAGUUAAACAAAUAGUCCAAGUAAUGUAAGAGGUAAAAAAAUCUUGAUAUACAAAUAAUCUUUUGAUUCCUUGACUGGUUGGCUCUCAUAUUGAGCAAUGAAUAAGCUGGGUUGAGCAUCUGACAAUGACACUAUAGAGAUAGCAAUAUUGAAUAUUUUCACCUACAAACUCUGGAAAAAUAUAUUUUUAAAAGUUGUGCUGGCUAGUGGCAAAUUUUAUUUUCAUAGAUGUAUAUUGGUUUGAUUUAUAACAAUGUUGCACACUGUAUUUUAGAAGAACUAAACAUAAAAAUCUGCCGAAUUCAGCUUGUAGUAAAUAACACAUGAGCUGAAAGUGUUUGCUUUGGUUGUUUAUCACUCCUACCAACAGCAUAGGGUAAAACAUUAUUACUAGUAGAGCUCAUACACAUCAGUGGCCAUUCUAGAACUGAAUUUCCACAAUGUUGUCUAAUAUAAUGCAGUUAAACACUAUCAAAAGUUCUUGAAGGAAAAGUAAGUCAAAGUAACUCCAGCUUGCCUACAAAUAUUUAUAACAUUCUGCCACAUCCAAGGAAUAAAUAUAACAACAAGUGUUUGAUGGGGUAAAUAUAAUAAUGGACGCAUUCCAUUUUAUGUCAGCUCUAUAAGGUAGUAAAUCAAUUAACUCAUUUUAAUUAUUAUUGUUACACAAAACUGUUUGUGUAUAUAUGGAAUAUUGUGUUAGGGUUAAGUAGUUAAUCAUAACUUGAUAUAAUGCUAUAAUUGUUCAAGUUAUAUUUCAUUAAGGCCAUUAUAAGAACAAAAAAAAGUUUUUGUAAAGGGAUGUAUAAUUAUGUAACUGUAUACAUAAGUUAUUAGAAAGAGCCAUGGCCAAAUCAGGAUUAACAAUUCUGCCUUGUACUAUUUACAGACGGCUUGAUUCACGUGCCUAAUAAAUUAAGCCCAAAUUAAAUCAUAAUUCUAGCAAAUGUUCAAGUACUUGCCAUUAUUAUUAACCAUAAGAUGAUUGGUGGCUGCUGAACAUUAAAAUAAAGUUGAACUUUAAGGCUAUAAAUACAAGGCUAUCCUUCAGUAGUUCCAAAAACCUACUCAUAAGUUCUAAUUACAUAUGAAUACCUAUUGUAUUGCUAAAAUACUGCUCUUGUUAUAUUGUCCUGAUAAUAAAAAUACAAUGUGUAACAUAAAGUCCUGUUAACCGUCAAAUCAAAAAUAAUUUUCAUUCAUGAGAUUUACGAGAGUUGGUCCGAAGUUUUUAGCUGCUCUGGCUCAACUCAUUAUUUGACCUGCGAUGAGUCGUCGGUGUUUAUCCCGGUCGCAUCCUCAGGUACUGUUUCGGAGUCUAUUAAUUAUUAUAAAAUGUUAUUGUGUGUCCGAUUUUUAUAAUUCUACUCUAUUCGUCACUUUCCCAGUCAGCUGCGCCUGCGCGUCAUCUAUGACAGAGUAGGUAAAUCGGUUAUACUCUUGAAUCAAAACAUAUUGCUGUAAGUGGUAGGUUUGCAGUGGUUUUUGUUAGACAUUGUGUUCCCAAAGACAGAAAAUUUAUUGCCUAUGAAAAAUUAUUGUUUAAUUGUUACAAUAUGCUUGUUCUAUUAACCUUUACAUUCAUUUGUAGAGUUAUUUUUACGUUUAGAUAAUAGAUAUACUAUACAUAUACCCAUAUUUGUUAAUUUGCAUGAGGUUUAACACCAUAUAUUAUUAAUAACCAUUAAUACUUUUUACGCAGUAGCUAUAUGGAGUAUUAUAUAUUAUGGUUUAUACAUUCUUUAUAUAAAAAUAUUCUUUCUAGGAUAUUAAAAAAAGGUAGUUACAUAGUAUGAUGUAUGCUGUAAUAAUGGUUGCUUUUGACUUUAUAUCAAUAAACAGAUAAAAACCCAUAA